AUGACGGAUGCGGUGUGCCUGGCUGCCGCUGCCUGUGGCAGGGGCCCGCCUGCGAGGAAGGUUCCCGAGCUCCCCGAGGGCCGCGAGCUCGUGCAGACGCUGCGGGCGUUAGCGGCGCGUCGGCGGGUCACCCGCGACGGCGUGGAGCGCGCGAUCUACAACAAGGAUAUCGUCAGGAAUCUCAGGGAGAUCUCGACCGCGAACAGGGCCCUGCAGCGCUGCCUACACGAGGCGGGCAAUCCCAGGGUACGAGCGCCUCGCCGAGCCCAGCCUGUCCCGAUCCACAACCAGCUGAUGAACGCGGAGGGGGAAAUCGAGGACGACCCGCUGAGGAUCAAGGAGCUCCUGGAGCGCGAGUACGGCAACACCUUCAGGGCCAGCGACGGGGAGGAGCCCGUCGGGAUCUCUGCCUACCUCACCCACUUCACGACGGAGGAUUUCUCGGCACUGUGCGACAUGAAGGCCAUGAAGGCUCCAGGUAUGGGCGGGGUGGUCGCCGAGGUCCUGCAGGCCCUCGACUCGGGCUUCCUCGCCUCGCUCGCGGCCGUCUUCGAGAACCGCUUCCGCGGGGUACCCGAGUAUGCCAGGGACCAAGCCUGGCCGAAACACAUCAUCCAGCUCAUGAAGAAGAAGGGGGACAAGCACGCGCUCAAGGGGUACAGAUACGCCUGCCGGAUCUUCAGCAUGCGCAUGCUGACGGAGAAGGCCCGCGAGUGGAACAGCCCCAUCUUCAUCGUGGGCGGCGAUAUAGAGGCCGCCUUCGACCGCGUCUCGCACCGCUCGGUCGAGGAGACGCUGAGAAGAGAG